AAUGCAUCAUAGGUCCUAUAACUAUCCGAGGUGUGUCACUUUAGUCCUAUAAGUAUCAAAGUACAGAUUUGAGUCCCAAAACUAUUUCGAGUCGUUCACUGCAGGUCUUAUGGUCGCCCCAGCAGCGUUGACCGUCCGACGUGUCACCUGGACCGGUGCCACAUCGACCAGAGGGGCCCACCAGUCUAAACAAUGAAGCGUUUAUUUGCAGGAAAGCCCUUGAAAUCUCAGCUCGUCUCAUUCUCAGACUCUCCAUCUCUCUUUCUACGAACGAAUCUCUCUGAGGCGGCGAUAUGGUGGCGACCGGCGACGUUCGCGAUUGAUGUCCAGCGAUUGGAGGCGCAGGACGGGAGUCGGGGCUGCUAAUCCGACCGCGGCGCUGGUCCGAUGGCUCCAUCGCGGCGGCUUCCCAACACCCCUCCUCCGGAGUAUGGACCCAAGGAGGAGCUGUUCUCAGUAGAGAUUAAUCAUGGUGGGGUUUUUCUCGGCUUUGGAGCAAACAAGAAAUACAUGGAUUGCAAAACAGAUUUCUUUGAUCAUUGUGAGGUUGAAACCUGGUCGCCGUUGUGGAUUAAAGAUUUUGUGCAGCAGCUUGGCUAUGAUCCAAGUAAAGUGCAGUGUUUCUGGUUACUUCCUGGCAUGAAUUUGGAUAAUGGACUGAGAAUUAUUGAUAGAGAUGCAGACUGUCUUAGUAUGACUGCUGUUGUGCCAAAGUUCAAGCAUUUCAAGUUGUACAUGGAUCAUGGUGAUAUUUAUAGCGAGCUGAAUAUGGAUGACAUAUGCAUAAUUGGCUCACCUACAAUGCCUGAUAUCAUGAGUCCCGUGAAGCCACAAGAAAGAGGUACAAAGAGUUAUAUUAGGAGUAGUCCUAGGAUCAAGAGCAAGGCACAAAAAGGGAGAACUAAAGAACAAGUGCAGAAAAACAAUGACAGUGUAGUGAUGAUAGUGAUAGUGAUUGUAGUUAUGAAGAUUGGGCUGACUUAGACAAUGACUUUAAGAAUGGCGAUGAUAAUCUGUUUGAGGAGUGGGUUGAUGACUUCAAUAAGGAUCUCAGAGCAAAGAAAAAUAAAGCAGUACAGUACGAGAGGGAUAGUGACUAUGACACCGAUGAGCUAGAACUGCCAGCUUCAGAGAAUGAGGGAAAUGAAUCAGAACAUGAGGUUGUUAUGGAAAAAGGGAAGAAAAAGAAAAAGAAGAAGGUGAAGCUCAGGUCUUUCAAGCCGGAGGACAUGAAAGCACCGAUAUUCAAAUUGGGUAUGAAGUUCCCUACUGCAGGUGAUCUUAGAAGGGCAAUUCGAGAGUACGCUAUUCAGAAUAGAGUUGCAAUCAAGUAUGCAAAGAAUGAUAAACAAAGAAUUAGGGCACACUGCUCGGAUGACUGUCCAUGGUAUUUAUUCGCAGCACCUGACAGCAGAACCACAAGUUUUGUGGUGAAAACUUAUGUGGGGGAUCACACCUGCAGUAUAGAAUGGGAGGUUAAUGGAUUCACAUCAAGAUAUCUAGCAGGCAAGUAUUUGGAGAACUUCAGGGCAGACGAAAAGAUGACAUUGAUGAAUUUUGCAAGGUUGGUGCAGAAGGACUACAACAUGAUCCCUGCAAGGAGCAAGCUAGCAAGAGCAAGAAGGAUAGCAAUAAAGCAGAUUCAUGGAGAUGAGGAGAAACAAUACUCGAUGAUGUGGGACUAUGCACAAGAGAUCAGAAUGUCAAACCCUGGAAGUAGCAUGUUUAUCAAACUCAAAGAUGGCAGAUUCCACCAAUGUUACAUGUCAUUAGAUGCUUGUAAAAGAGGCUUUUUGGCUGGAUGCAGGCCUGUUAUUUGUGUUGAUGGGUGCCAUCUUAAAACAAAAUAUGGUGGACAAUUGUUGACUGUUGUAGGGAUUGAUCCAAACAACUGUAUUUUCCCCAUUGCUAUGGCUGUAGUUGAAGUGGAUGACACACCAACAUGGAAGUGGUUUCUACAGACUUUGAAAGAUGAUCUGCACAUAGUGAACACAGCACCUUGGACAGUGAUGAGUGAUAGGCAAAAAGGACUAAUAAAUGUCGUUACUGCUCUGUUCCCUCAUGGACAACACAGGUUUUGUGUGAGGCACCUUUACCAAAAUUUUGCAAAGAAGUGGAAGGGCGAGAACCUGAAGAACAAGUUAUGGGCAAUUGCAAGGUCGUACAAUAAAAUUGAUUGGAGAAAAAACAUGGAUGACAUGAAGGAAUUAAAUCUGGAAGCUUAUGAGUACUUAGAAGCAAUUGAACCAAGUUCCUGGUGCAGGGCCUUUUUCCAAGAAUUACCAAAGUGUGACCUGCUACUAAACAAUAAUUGUGAGGUCUUUAAUAAGUGGAUACUUGAUGCUAGAGAGCUGCCUGUCAUGAGCAUGUUCAAAAAAAAUCAAAAAUCAAUUGUCGACAAGGUUUUAUAGCAAGAACAAGGAAAGUGAAGAGUGGUGUGGAACAAUUUGUCCUAAGAUAAAAAAGAUACUUGAUAAGAAUGCAGAAAUGGCUAAUAAUUGUCAGGCAUUGCCUUCUGGCAAAGGCAUCUUUACUGUCUUGGGACUCAGAGACGAGUACUGUUGGAAAUAUACCCUAGAGGCAAUAAUAAAAGGAUUAUUAUUAUA